CAGAACAAGCUCCAGUCAAGGGGAAAAUAUUGGUAGAAUUGAAAAUCAAUUAAGCAGUGAUAAUACCAAUGAUAGUUCAGUCAAUGACUGUUCUGAAAACUGGCCCAUUGGAACAACUGCGAGUCAGGAAGAGGAAGAGGAUGAGGAGGAGGAUGAGGAUGAUAGACAGUCUGUAGCAUCUACCACGUCCAAUCUCAGUGGACUGUCUGACUUUUCAAAUUUUUCUGGAAAGGACUGGAAACCUUGUGCUGGUCCCAUGUCUUGGGUACAGCAGCAGAUGAUGCGUGGGGUCAACCCACGUAUUAUCCUCACCCAUGUCCUGGGGACUACAGCUGAAAUUCCUGAAGGAGUGGCUGAUGUAACAUUGUGGCGGCUUAUUGUCAACAUGUUGUCAGAGCCUCCAAGAAGAGAAAAAUUACGGCACAUCAAUACUAUUGAGGAUGUAGUGAGAUUAAUGAAAUCCUGUCGGAAGAUUAUUGUCUUAACUGGUGCAGGGGUGUCAGUCUCGUGUGGCAUCCCAGACUUCAGGAGCAGAGAUGGAAUUUAUGCGCGCCUUGCUGUUGACUUUCCUGAUUUACCAGAUCCACAGGCAAUGUUCGAUAUUCACUACUUCCAGCGAGAUCCUCGUCCCUUCUUCAAAUUUGCCCGGGAAAUCUACCCAGGACAGUUCACUCCUUCUCUUUGUCAUAGAUUUAUUCGUCUAAUAGAACAACAUAAUAAAUUAUUGCGGAAUUACACGCAGAAUAUCGACACUUUAGAACAAGUGGCAGGAAUAAAAAAUGUCAUUCAGUGCCAUGGUUCAUUUGCUACUGCCACCUGUCAAAGAUGUGGUCAUAAAGUUGAUGCACAUGCCAUAAAAGAAGACAUUUUUUCUCAACGAAUUCCCCGAUGUACUCAGUGUGCAGAAGAUGAAGAGAGAGGGAAUGAAGAAAGAACAUCAAAUGAGCAAUUUCAGAACAGAUCACUAGAUGAGGCCUCAAGUACACAACAGGACACACCACCCAUCAUACAUUUAAUGCCUCACAGACCGCCAGAUUCCCUCCAGUUACCUCCAAAGCCAAUUAUGAAACCAGAUAUAGUGUUCUUUGGAGAAGGUUUACCUGACGAAUUUCAUGACAAAAUGGCAGAAGAUAAAGAUGAAUGUGAUUUGCUAAUCGUCAUUGGAUCUUCUCUAAAAGUUCGCCCCGUGGCUUUAAUCCCUAGUUCAGUUCCUUCACAUGUGCCUCAGAUAUUGAUUAAUCGUGAACCCCUACGACACCUUACCUUUGAUGUUGAACUUCUUGGAGACUGUGAUGUGAUAAUAAAUGAGCUUUGUCACAGAUUAGGAAACGGUUGGAAAGACCUUUGUACGGAAGAAAGUAUGACUGAAAUAAGUGAAUUGCCGCCCAGACCCCUUCCAUCAACCAGUGUAAAUAUAAGUAGUGCUGAUGGAGAGGAUACCAAUUCUUUUCCUGGAUCAUCGCUAGUGGCCCCUCAGAAUGCUCCACAUCCUCGUGAUGAGAGUGAUAUUGAAGCACUCAGAGCUUGUUGGGCCCCUAAAAUUCGGGAGACUGUUGCCUCAAGAUUACCAGAUAAUAUGUUCCUGUACACUGGUGGUCAUAAGUACAUUUUUGCUGGAGCUGAGGUGUACUAUGAUCCAGAUGAUGAAUUUGAGGAGACUAAAUCUCUUAGUUCUGAAUCAGAAACUGAUGAAAUAGAACCAAGAGAGGAAAGUCAAGAAUCUUUUCACAGUAACCAAACUGAUGCUUCUUCCAGUCACCAUCCUAGAUUAGAUGAUGACUUCCAUUCUGCAGAAACGCCACACCUUUCACCUGAGGAUGUUGAUAGUCUCCUUUCGGCAGCCGAUAACGGCCAAACACAAGAACACGUUGAAGACUGGACUAGCCUUAAUGCCAGCUUAGAUACAUCUUUAGAUUGUGACCACACAUUAACAGGUUAUGAAACAGACAGUGCAAAGCACACUGAGGAAAGUGCAUCAAAAGUAGUUGAUACUUUAACUAGUAAAUGUUCUUCAUCUGACCUAUGACCUUGCUUCAAGAGAGAGAUAAGACCUCUAGAAUAAGUUUAUUUUUUUUCUCUCUCAUAACCAUUAAAGACUACUGAAAUAAGAAAUCAUACACCCCACUUUGAAUAUGGGAAGGGAAGUGGGGAAAAGUGUAAAGAAUAGUAAAUGGAUAGUAAAAGUCAGUGGCUGAUAGGCUGAUGUACAAUUUCCUUUUGGAUAUACUGAGGUCAGUCAAUUUUUUUUAAUACUAAGUAAAUAUUGUAGCAGCUUUAACAGAAAAUUUUGCAUGAUUGACUCAUUAUUUAAAACCGUCCUUUUGUUCAUGUUCAUCUCUAUUUCUACAACAGAUUUUGAUGUAAUAACCAGAUAUAUGAAAGUUAGGUACCAAAUGAUUACCAACCCAAUGUGCAAUUUGUAUUUUGAUAACUGGUGAUCUUCCAGUGGAAACCAGCUUGAAGAUGGUUGUAUACUAGAAGGUCUCAAUUUUAUUUUAUAGUUGGUUAAGAUUUUGAUCACCAAGUUCAAAUAUCUUUAUAUAUUUUCCUUAUGAAUCGUGUUUUUUCAUAAUCUCUUCAGUUAAAAAUCUCCGCAAGUAUGAAAGCAAAUAUUCUUCAGCCUCAAACUGCUUUCAACUUAGGUGUUUAUUUUUAUGCUGUUUAGAUUUUUGGCUCUAGUACUUUGCAAGGCAUUUGCUAAAACUGAGACCUUUUAGUAAAAUUACCUAAAGCUUGGAUACGAAGGAAAUGUCCAGGUUUAUUAUGAUUAUUGGACAUAAUGAUAUUUCUUUAUGUCUUGGUUCCUUACCAAGAAUUAGAUUACUCUUGAAGUCUGAUCUGGGUGGUACCAGCUGCUUAACCCGUAAACGGUCCAAGCAGAUCUACGUUCACGUGUAGUGCUACAAAAGUAGAUCUACGUUUUUUUACAUAUUUUCAAAUGUAACAAAAAAAAGUAGAUCAAAGUUUUUUUAUACAUUUUCAAAUGUAAAAAAAAAAAAAAAUGAUAUACUUUUUUUAUAUACUUUCAAAUGUUGAAAAAACGUAUAUAUACGUUUGGACCGUUUACGGGUUAAUGAAUAGUUGAGCCCAGUGAUCUUUUCAUAUACUUAUUGACAAACUUUACACCAGAGGUUUAAAUCAACUGUUGAUGAUAUCCAAAUGGUGUACCAAUUUGGCCCUACCAAAAAAUUUCCAGUAAACAGUAAUAAAAAAAAAAAAGCAAUGCCCCAUUAAUUAGCAUUAGGUUCAGGGGGGAUUUAAUAGACAGAGUUUGAGUUGG